AUGAGUUGCAACGGUUGCCGUGUCCUUAGAAAGGGUUGUAGUGAGUCAUGUAUCUUACGCCCUUGUAUUCAAUGGAUCGAUACCCCUGAAUCACAAGGCUAUGCCACUGUCUUCGUGGCCAAGUUUUUCGGUCGCGCUGACCUUAUGUCUUUCAUUUCUAACGUCCCUCAACCACAAAGACCCGCUUUGUUUCAAUCCUUGUUGUUUGAAGCGUGUGGACGAACGGUUAACCCUGUUAACGGUGCCGUUGGACUUUUAUGGACAGGAAACUGGCACGUGUGUCAAGCGGCAGUUGAAACCGUUCUCCGCGGCGGAACCCUUGGGCCUAUACCUGAGCUUCUAUGUUUAGAUGAUGCAUCUGAAGGGGAAGUCACGUGUAACGACGCGCGGAGGAUCCGAGAUCCGAACUCGAGUUUCCGGCUCGUGAGUUCCGGUGGUAAACGCAAGCGAUUGAGUGAAGCUGCGAAGAUUCAGACUCAGACGACGACUGAUCUUAAUCUCCGGUUGACGCCAUGUUUUCUUCAGAACGCGUUGACCAACGGUUAUCGGAAGGAGGUUCGUCGGCAGGGGACACCGUCGUUGAAUUCGGAGGAAUCAGUGACCACAACGACGACGUGUUUGGAGAGUGGGAACGGAGAUGAGUAUGUUCACGACGGAGACCGGAAAGUUCUUAACCUUUUUGUUUGA